AUGUUUCGCGCGCAACAGAAUGCCUUUGAUGAUGCUGUCGCCAAGGCGACAGAUGAGAACUUGACUUCUGAGAAUUGGGAAUUCAUUCUGGAUGUCUGCGAUAAAGUUGGCUCUGAAGAGUCGGGUGCGAAGGAAGCUGUUGCGGCUAUGAUCAAGAGACUUGCGCAUCGGAAUGCUAAUGUGCAGCUUUACACAUUGGAGCUCGGCAAUUCGUUGUCGCAGAAUUGUGGUCUUAAAAUCCACCGCGAACUGGCUUCUAGAAGCUUUACUGAUGCGCUACUGCGCCUGGCCAAUGACCGGAAUACCCACCAACAAGUGAAGUCGAAGAUUCUGGAGCGCAUGGAAGAUUGGACACAGAUGUUUGCAUCCAACCCCGACUUCGGUAUUAUGGAGCAGGCUUAUAUGAAGCUAAAAACUACAAACCCGAACCUACAGCCGCCAUCCAAGCCAGGCAAGCGUGAGAUUACCGAUGUUGACCGUCAGAUGGAAGAGGAGGAACUCCAAAUGGCCCUUGCUCUCUCCAUUAAAGACAAGCCCUCAGGCCCCGCUGGUGCCCCCGCUUCCCGAGGCGAGUCCUCAGCUGCGGCUGCGGCUGCUUCUGCCUCGGUACCAGCAGCUGCCCUGGCCCAAAUCAAUCCAGCUGAGCCCGCUGAAGCCCAACCCGUUCUAUCUGGCACUUCAGUAGCUACCGUGUCACGUGUGAGAGCCCUGUUCGACUUCCAGGCAUCUGAGCCCGGUGAACUUCAAUUCCGCAAAGGGGACAUCAUUGCAGUUCUCGAAUCAGUGUACAAGGACUGGUGGAAGGGUUCUUUGAGGGGCCAGACUGGAAUUUUCCCUCUCAACUACGUGGAAAAACUCCCCGAUCCCACUGUGGAUGAGUUGCAGCGAGAGGCCCAGAUGGAAGCGGAUGUUUUUGGUCAAAUUAAGAGUGUUGAGAAGCUGCUUACGUUGCUCAGCACCCGCAACACAGACCUCAAUGUCUCAGAAAAUGAGGAGAUCAGCAACCUCUAUGAGGCUACUCUGAAGAUUCGGCCGAAGCUUAUCGAGUUGAUUGGGAAGUAUUCGCAGAAGAAAGAUGAAUUCACUCAGCUCAAUGAAAAAUUCAUUAAAGCUCGUCGGGAUUAUGAGUCCCUGCUGGAGGCAUCGAUGGCUCAUCCCGCACAGCCUCAAUAUGGCCGACCUCCUCAGCCGCAGUACGCCUACCCAGGUGCUGCAGCUGCUGGUUACGCGGGUCCUCCUCAGCCUGAAGCGCGAUACUUUAGCCCCAGACCUCAAGAUAACAACACAUCGGCCCAGGCGACUGCUCCAUACUACGGCGGCGAGCAGACAAUGCCAUACCGUCCAGCAUCUCACUCUCCUGAUCCUCGCAACCAGGUCCCGGCUAUGGCACCACCGGUGCAGCAGCAGCCACCUCAAUCUGAUCCCUAUGCACCCGCCCAGCACCGUCCCCAGUCUACAUACGACCACCCCCCAAGACGUGUACCUUACCCCCCAGGUGCCCAAGCUCAAGGUCCUCCUACUGGCCACCAGCAAUUCCAGCAGCAACAGCCGCCGCCGCCGCAACAACAAGACUACUCACCAUCGGUUUACUCCACUGAGGAUACACCUCAGGUCCCCCCAGUCUCUACCAUGCCCCAACAUAUUCCCCACCAGUUCCAACAGCCCCCAUACCCCAACUCUCCCGCCGCUGCUCACCAACCCCCACCCUCACAUCAGCCUCCCCCGGUCCCCGGCGCAACAAGCCAGCCAACACAGUACGCAUCAUACAGCCCGGCUCCUCCAGCUCCCGCAGGCACGGGCGAGUACCAGGCCUACCAGCCUCCACAGGGCGCAGCAGGGUCUAACCCGGCUUCGUUCUAUCGGUGA